AUGGAUGGAAGCAAUUAUACCAUGGUAACCCACUUCAUCCUCCUUGGGUUGACAGACCGUUCAGAGUUGCAAAUCCCACUCUUUGUGCUGUUCCUGUUAGUCUACAUCAUCACCCUGAUAGGAAAUCUUGGAAUGAUUGUGUUGAUCUGGAUUGAUCCCCGACUUCACACUCCCAUGUACUUCUUCCUCAGCAACUUGUCUGUUGUUGACCUCUGCUACUCCUCAGUCUUUGCUCCAAAGAUGCUGGUGAACUUCUUAGUGGAGAAGAAAAUGAUUUCUUAUUCUGCUUGUCUUUCUCAAUAUUUUUUUUUUGUGGUAUUUGUUACCACAGAAGGGUUCUUGUUGGCUGCAAUGGCUUAUGACCGCUACAUAGCCAUCUGUAACCCCUUGCUCUAUACUGCUGUCAUGAGUAGGACACCAUGUAUUCAGCUGGUAUCCAUAUCCUAUAUAGGAGGUCUCUUCAAUUCACUGACACACACAUGUGGCUUGCUGAGAUUGUCAUUCUGUGGACCCAACAUCAUUAAACAUUAUUUUUGUGACUUCCCUCCAUUGCUAAAACUUUCCUGCUCUGAUACCCAUACAAAUGAGAUUGUUCUGUUAGCUUUUUCUGGGGUCAUAGCCUUCUUAACUCUGUUGACUGUCAUCAUCUCCUACAUGUACAUCCUGUCUGCCAUCCUGAGGAUCCACUCUGCAGAAGGCAGAUGCAAAGCCUUCUCCACCUGCACCUCCCACCUGACAGCGGUCAUUGUUUUCUAUGGGUCUAUUACUUUUAGCUACAUCCAACCCAGUUCCAGCUACUCACUGGAACAGGAAAAAAUCUCAGCUGUAUUUUAUACCCUUGUGAUCCCAAUGCUGAACCCUUUGAUCUACAGCCUGAGGAACAAAGAGGUGAAGGAUAGCCUAAGGAGGACAAUAGCUGGGGAAAACUUUCCCAGAUAA